UACAUGUAUGAUGUAGAUGUCAUGUGAGUAUGAGUCCAUUGCAAUCAUCCGAUAUAAACUUCAAUUUAUCAUUAUUUUGUACAUGUUUCUCUAAUAUAUGUUGAGUAAAUGCUCAUUGUAUUUUUAUCUGAAGGACUUCUUGAAAAAAUUCCUCAAAUAAAUACAACUAUGCCUCACCUAUGAUGGUGCUUCAGUGAGAUAACACUAACACUAAAUGACAUGUUUAUUGACACAGAGCAAGUCAUGUGACUAUAAAAGACAUUGUUUUUCUGAGUGACUAUAAUGUAAAAGACAUUUAUUUAUGGCGUAGAAGGGUAGUAAUUAGUAAAGUAAAGGCAAGUCAUGUGACUAUAAAAGACAUUGUUUUUCUGUGUGACUAUAAUGUAAAAGACAUUUAUUUAUGGCGUAGAAGGUCAGUGAUUAGUAAAGUAAAGACAUUCUUUCUUGCCUCCCAUAUAUUUGACACUAAUAUCAAAAUGGCAAUGUCAAGAAUGGAGGUGGAUCCAUUGAUGGAUUCAGUUAACUGUUUAGUGUGUAUGGGGACUUUGGAUAAUCCUAGAUCACUACCAUGUAUGCAUAUCUUCUGUAAGAAUUGUAUACAGGGAGUUAUGGAUGUAGAGACUGGAAGGAGAUUUUAAUGCCCCGCCUGCAGAGAAGUUGUCCUGAAACCUAUUGAAGGGGCUGCUGGUUUAAAAGUGAACCCAAUUGUUAAUUCUGUUUUGGACGCAUUGAAGAACCGACCAACAACACCAACUAAAGGAAGGACUGAACAACAACAACGGCGAUUGAUUUGUGAUACAUGCUAUCAAGGUGGAGAAAUGCUUGAUGCUGUAUGGAUGUGUUUGCAGUGUAAUGAAAAGCUCUGUGAAGAUUGCGGAGAAUUACACAAGCUGUUAGAAUCUACAUAUUCUCACAAGAUGCUUGAUCUUACAGGUGAUAGAGCCAGAAUUGAUAAAGCUGCCAUGAGGUUUCUCUCAAGCUCCACACUUUACUGCAGACAGCAUACAGACUGGCGGCUAACAUUGUUCUGUAAAGAUGAUCAACGUUUUAUCUGUCAAGAAUGUUUGAUCUCCAGUCAUCAAGGACAUAAUUUAGAACCAAAAAAGAACCAUGAAGGUAUUGAGACUGAUGAUCAGUUGCAUCAUGGACUGGACAGUUGGCCUGAGACUAGGCACCAGCUACAUCCUGAACAGGACAAUUGGCCUGAGACUAGUGACCAGUUACAUCCUGGACAGGAUGAUUUGCCUGAGACUAGUGACCAGUUAUAUCAUGAACAGGACAGUUGGCCCAUGACUAGUGACCAGUUACAUCCUGAACAGUACGGUUGGGCUGAGACAAGUGACCAUUUACAUCUUGGACAGGACGAUUGGCCUGAGACUAGUGACCAGUUAUAUCUUGAACAGGAUAGUUGGCCCAUGACUAGUGACCAGUUACAUCCUGAACUGCACGGUUUGGCUGAGACUGGGAGUAGGCGCCGGUCUGAUGACCAGUUACAUUCAAGACAAGAGAGUGCAGAUAUUCAGUAUCAAGGUGAAGACCUUUUAUAUCUUCAAAAGGCCAUUGGAUACAAGGAUGACAGCCUGUUACAACUUCAAUUAGACAUUGGUUAUAGUGGAGAAGAUGAGUUAGAGCUUCAAAAGGAGAUUCUGUUGCAAGUUCAAAUGGGUAUUCACUCACAAUUUCAAAAUGAUACUAGAGAUCGCUGCUUUGUUCCUGGACCUAGUCCUGCAGACAGUAUUAAUUAUAACAAUUUAGAACCAGGGACAACAUUUCAUGCUUUAGAUGAAAAUAUGUCAGAGUCUAGGACAAAUGCCAACUCUUCUAGAAGUAACAGGUCAGGGCCCAGGGCAAAUAGAGACUCUUCUAGAAAUAACGGAUCGGGGUCUAGCACAAAUACAGACUCUUCCAGAAAUAACAGGUCAGAGCCUAGGACAAAUACAGCCUCUUCUAGAAAUAACAGGUCAGAGUCUAGGACAAACACAGCCUCUUCUAGAAAUAACAGACCAGGGCUCAGGGCAGAUAGAGACUCUUCUAGAAAUGACAGGUCAGAGCCUAGGACAAAUACAGACUCUUCCAGAAAUAACAGGUCGGAGCCUAGGACAAAUACAGCCUCUUCUAGAAAUAACAGGCCAGGGCCUAGGACAAAUACAGACUCUUCUA